ACUUUGGAUGAGAGUAAAGUUUUGUAAUAUUUCUAUGGGCAGAAUCAGAUACCCACGAGUGUUAAUCCAGAACACAAGUUUCUCUUGGCACCUAAUUGGUUUAUAAGCAAUCUAUGUAAAUUGCAAAAUUAUAGACACUGAUGGACGAAUCAUCACGAUGUUAGAAUUGAGGGCAUCAAUUGAGAACUCUAAAAGACAAGGGCAUAUAUCUGAAAACUUUCUCCGCGAAGUAUUAAAACAUUAAAGGACCGUUUUGCAAUUCAUAAGAAUAUAGUGGGGUCUUUAGAAACUUUCAAAUUUAUUGGGGAGGUUUUGCGUUUUACUUAAAAGUCCAAAACCAUCGCUCUAUUCGUAACGCCGGACGAUUCUGCCGGAGAUCGGAAAAUAGGGAAAUCGGGGUAAAAGAUCAAAGCUUUGACAAUGGUGAGAUUAAGCAGAGUGCUGCUAAAAGACGCCGGAAACGUAAUCGACAAGACCCUCUCGGAGAUUCUAGUGUGCCCUCUCUCUAAGCAACCUUUAAGGUUUUGCGAGAAGACGAAAUCACUUGUCAGCGAUACUAUUGGUGUCUCUUUUCCUAUGAAAGGUGGGAUUCCAUGCUUGGUUCCAAAGGAUGGAAAAAUACUUGAGGAGGAAAGUGAGGCAUCCAAAAAAAAUAUAAAAUGAUCAGAGUGAAAAGGUAAUAUAUAACUUGCAUCUGCAGCGACUUAUCAAUGGUUCUUUCUGUCUUCACAUUUUAGGCUUGUGAGCUCUUUUAAGUUUUGAUGGGAAACAUUGAUGUACGCAAUUGAAAGACAGUGUGGGAGUUGUAGUUUCAGGGGAAUGUAACUACCUUUUCUUCUUUUGUUUCUUGAAAUCUAGGAUUCUUAUUGACUGGAAUGAAAGUAAAAGCAUGAUUUAUAGUAUUGGAUACCCUAUUCGAGGGGCUCUAAGUUAAGUUUUACCACAUAAUGUGAGGAUAGAUUCUAGUCA